AUGUCAUCCUACCCUCGCCUCCCCGACGAGCUCAAGCUCCGAAUCUGGGAGUACGCCUUCGAGAACCUGACCCCCGGCGUCCACCAUUUCAAGAUCAUGACGGGCAAGGCCGAGGUAGAGCUUCGACCAUUCGCCGACGGCGGCCUCGACAACUCUGCAUGGCGCGAGCGACGCAAGAUCGCGGGCAUCUCCGGAGUUGCCGACGAUGCGAUUCGUCCUUUCGAGGACGGAAGAGUGGUAUUUAAGGACACCGCCCACCGACGCCGCAUCAAGACCGACGAGAACGGCAUCGAGGCCGCCAUCGACGGUACCAUGGAUCUCGUCUGCCUCCGAAUGACGGGAAACCAUCUCGACAUGCGCGCACUCAGCAACCGAGAUACCCAGGCCGUGUUUGCCGAUCUCACGCGCAUUGGAAUCGACUACAAGCUCUUCGCCGGCAACAAGGGAGCGGACGCCUUCGAGAACCAGUUCGCCUGUGUGUGUCCUCAGCGGAGUCACCAGGACAAGAAAUAUUGUCACUACGCUAUCGCGGAGUUCUUGCGCCAGUUCAAGGACCUGGAGUGCUUCUAUUUCACCUUUAAGCUCACCGCGGGCGAGAUCAUCGAGGCUGUGCUCGCCGGGGUACCCGCCAGAGGCAAGAAGCGGACUCACGGCGGCAAGACCAAGAACAGCGAGCCGGAGCCCCAGCCGGUGGCCCAGUCAGGCGCCAAGAGAGGUGCGAAGGUAAAGAAGCCUAAAGCCGGGCAGCUGAUCCCCGCGACCUUGAAGCGAUUCAAAGACAUCGGCAAGGAGAAAGACCUGGAAGUCUAUAACGACAAGAAGGGUACAUACUACGAGGUUCUCAGAGACGACACUAGGCGUGUCCUCGUCAAGCACCGAGACAUCUGGAGCCUCGUACUAAGCCUGCAGGGGAACUGGCAGCGCACCACCCAGCAGCUGCGGGAUGGGCCCGUGAAGCAGCAAGCGGCGAAGGUCAAGUUCAAGGUCUUGGUCUAUGCGGACAAUCGGUACUAUCCGCAGCCACCGGUCAUCAAGUAG